AAUCAACUACUUCUUGCCAGACCAGCACUUUUUGACACAACAAGUACGUCAGAGAGCUAGCCUCCUUACAUUUAAUAUUACAAGCCUCUUGAGCGUGAGUGCGUGCAAUACUGUAGCUUAUCCAGCAGAAGGAUGUCUAAGACACCAGUGAUUGAACUCCCUCCUGAUGAUAAGGAAAAUGGAGAAUCAGGCAAUAAGAAAGAGGAACCAGUGGAUCCUAAAGAGGCUGAUAAAAUGGCGGAGAAGGAGUUCAAGAGCAAAUAUCCGUCGUUUGGGACCCGCCCAUCUGGCAUGGCUAAACGAAAGAUUUCCGCUGCCGGAGGCAAACAGUACUUUGACUCCGGUGAAUACAACAAGAGUGCCUCAAAGAAAGAGCGUCAACAGAUGAGCUCGCUACCACAUGCAAUGAACCCUAAGAGCAUCCACUCACAUCCGUCUGGUAUACCACCACAUUUGGCUCACAUGAGAGCGAAACCCAAGGCACCACUACCAAGCAGUCUGGCAGGCCCCUCAAAAAGCCCACCGUCCGAUUAAACUAAAUUAAAGUAUAGAGCACUUCUAUAUCUUAGGAUUGUAUAUUUCUGGCACUUUUUCAUCUACCUAUAGUUAUAUAAUUAUACCGAUCUUUGUGUCUACAAUUCUCUCCAUUAGAGCAUGAGUUAGCAUAUCAUUAAUAGUUUUGCAUAUGAGAUUAGUUUCAUUUCACACUUUUGGUCUGUUUUAUGAGAAUUCAAAAAUAAUUUUAUCCAAUAAUCAAUAA